AUGACGGAAUUCGAGUACCUGCUUCGUUAUGUCCUGGGCAGUCACACUUUAAAAUUAGUAAACAGGAAAAAGUGUACCAGUCAUCAGCAAAAGCAGGACUUCUAUGCAAGGUACAAGACAAAUGACAUCUUUUGCGCAUUCUUUCAGAGGAAAGAUAAAAACACAUUCGUUCCUCUAUUCAAUUUACCAAUUGAUUUCGAGAAGAGUGAGCACACACUGUACUAUGGCGUGGUGGCUGUCGGGAAAACAAUAUACGCUGAUAAGGCAUAUGGGAUAGAAUUUUCCCCGCCGGAGGCAUUUGAUAACUUUGUUGUAUACGAUGAAUCCCUUAAAACAAUAAAUGACUACGAAGAGCCAACAACUACUACUGAAAAUUCGUGUGAAAAAGAAGACUCAAAGAUAGAAAUGAACGAACUUUCAUCCGACGGUGAUGAGGAGGAGCUGCAAAUUGAUAGGCACAAGGCGAAGAAAGAAUUUGCCGAGCUUCUCAAGGAGUACAGAGACAUCGGAUACGAUUAUAAUGACGAUGAGAACAAAAAGACCAGGAAUAGAAAGAAGUACGCACAGCAAGGGGACUGUGCUCACAGGGGCGACAAGAAGACAAUUAAUCAUGAAAAUAUGAGAGAACACAUCGAGCGUCUAGCUUUAAAAGAUCGCAAGGAUGAAAGUUGUAAGGAACGCGACGACCUCCUUGUACGGAUAGUUGAUGGCGACAUUGAUAUCAAGCGUUUCUCGUAUGUAAUAAAAGAUCCUGAGCGCAUACUCCCCCUUUACGAAGUAGACUUCCAUUUCGACAAAAACUUGGAGCUACAGUCGAAGAAAUCCAACAUGUGCGAGCGCUGCCAAAAGAAGGAGGCAAAUAUGUUCUGUGUGGCUGAACGGGCAUCUUUUUGUGAGGAGUGCGAUCAAAAGUUGCACUAUGAUUUCUUCACAAGGAGACAUUUGCGACACUAUUUUUCAAAAUUAGGUGGAAGCAAGAAAUUCUUCAACUGUAGGGAUCACCCAGAAACAGUUGUUGAUUAUUUUUGCAAGGAGUGCAACGUUCCUCUGUGCACACAGUGCAGGCUGAAGGGAAACCACCCAUCUGAGCACUCUUUGAUCACGUAUCUGCAGGCAAAUGAGCUGGCGGACAAGCUAAAAGCAGACAUAAAUUUCGCGGAGGAGGAGCGUAAGAACGAAAAAUGCAUGUCGUUGCUGAAGAUUGAGAUUGAUAGGUUCAGAAGCAACAUAGCAGAGGUGAAGGCACUGUUAAACAAGCAAUAUAGGACAAUUCUCAAUGAGUUAGAUGUUUUUACAAAUAAAAAGUAUCAAGUAUUCAAUGCGAAAUACUUGGAGAUAUUCAAGGAGAAUCAAUCGCUGUUGUUCACGAAGGCCUUCGUUGCUUCUCUUGAUAACAGCAAGAUAAUUCAAAAUUACAGGACGAUUCUGGAGCAAAAGGAUACUUUGAAGGUAAAAGAGGAUCCUAAGGUCAAAUACAAGAGUAUAUAUUUGAAUGGCACUCUUAGUCUGCAAGCUUUGGAGAAUAGCGGUGUACCGAGGAAGAAGAACAUAAGUGCGAUUAACAGAAGUAAAGAGUUUUAUGCUGAAUCGAGCGAAAGUAGGAUUGAUAGGUAUUAAAUAAAUGGUUGU